AUGGCUCAGUACGGGAACUACAAAAGCUACCAAGGUGCCAGUCGACACGAUGGUCCCAAUCGUGCCCCGCACGUUAUCGAUUACCGCCUGCAAGCCCUCGCCAACGCUUCUCCAGAUCUGUUUACUGGCAAGGACAUCCUGGAUAUAGGAUGCAACAAUGGGGCGAUAGCUGUGCAUCUGGGCAUUUCAUUCUCUCCGGCAAGCGUAACCGGCGUCGAUAUCGAUCCAGAACUGGUUCAAAAGGCGAUAUCGCAUCUAUCCUUGCGAUAUUCCAGGACUGCCCCAGUAGAUGGAGAGUCUGCCCCAGUCGAGCCUAGCCAGGUCGAGCGGAAUAAUUAUUUUCCGAUCUCGUCGGUACUGCAGCAUGGGCACCGGAAUUACCAUCAGGAUCUCGACCCCGCAAAGUUUCCCCUUAACGUGGCCUUCCGCUGUGAAAACUGGGCUACGAGCCCUCCUUUGGAACCGGGGUUUUACGAUGUGAUCCUCGCUCUAAGCAUGGUUAAAUGGGUCCACCUGCAGGGCUUGGAUGAAGGAUUACGAGCAUUCUUUGCCAAGGUCUACUUGUCUCUACGUCCGUCUGGAUACUUUAUCCUUGAACCCCAGGAGUGGGAAUCUUACAAGCGGGCGGUAAAGAAGAAUAAGACCCUCGAAGGGAACUAUAAAAAGCUAGAAACUCGCCCAGAUGACUUUCAACCAAUCUUGGAAGCAAUCGGGUUUAAUCUUUUGCAAAAAUUAGAUACCAGUCUCAAACGGGACAUUUUUAUUUAUCAGAAGAACUAA